CAACCAGAAAGAAAGAAGAUUAGUUACGAGCAACAUGUGGUUGAACGCGGACUAAAUGCAACGCUAAAAGUUUCUGCAAAAACAAAAUCGUAAAUUUGGAACAGAAAAAACGUUUAAUAGCAUAAAUCUGCGGCGAACUAACAACAAGUUCAGGAAAUUUGGAAAGCGCUAAAAAAAAGAAAAAAGAUGCUGAAGCUAAGCAUAACGCUGGGUUUAUUGGCGUCUAUAGUCUGGCAGACUACACCGACAAAUUGCCGCCAAACACAUAAUCAAACAUUAAACAUCAAUCAAUUGGCUGCACUUACCAUCGAACGAUAUAUGGAUGCCACAGCUAAGCCAUGUGAGAAUUUCUAUCAAUAUGCCUGUGGCCGUUGGUAUCAACAACACAUAGAUGAAAUGGAUUACGGUGACGUAUUAGGUAUGCUGGAUUACGAGUUAAAUAAAAAACUGGAAAAUUUGUUAAGAAAAACUAGCGCAGGAAGUGAGAGAAGUCGUACAGAAGAAAACCUUACCACAACUGAAGAUUCCUAUAUGACUACCACCAUUCCAAGCUUAGAUUGGAAUGCUCAUGACUCUUCCCUCUUGGAUAAAGUGCGUACAUAUUAUAAGUCCUGCAAAAAAGUGAAACCCUACAAUUUAAAAAAAUAUCUACAAUUAAUACAACCAGGUGCCUCAACACACUGGUAUAUAUUAGCUAAACAGGGUGGCAAAAAGUGGUAUGUGGAUCAUUUCAGUUGGCUGGAAGCGGUUGCCAAAUUGCGUUUAUACGGUUUAAAUGGUGUAUUGUUGAAAGAACAGGUUUUGCCUCGUUGGGAUGAGUCCUCGAGUAUGAGUAUAUAUCUCGACAAACCCAAUUUGGCAGAAACUUCACCUAUGGGUGAGGGUGUCAUAAUAGAAUUACUUAUGGAUAUUGGCCAAACUAAACGUGCAGCUAAUGAAAUCUCACGUGAAGUUACCAGAUUUGAAUUUCAGCUGCAUAAGCUACAAGAAAUCGAAGAUGAGGAAGGCGCUAAAGAAAUGCAAUUGGGAUAUUUGCAAGAGUAUAUGCCGCAAAUUGAUUGGCUAGCUUAUCUCAAGGAGUUGAAAGGUCCAAGCACAGAUCUGUCGACCACUGUCAUUAUACAAAAUGUACCUUAUAUGCGUUCUAUGAUAAAACUAUUAAACACUGUGGAGCCUUCUACUCUUUGCAAUUAUAUAAUGCUGCGUUUUCUACUUUAUCUCAAAGAACAAGGUCCAGCUGAAAUAUCCCGCCAAGAGUGUAUAGCCAGCCUGAGGCGCGCUAUGCCUUUGGGCAUGAGUUAUUUGAUAGGUAUUCAAUUCUAUAAAGAACCUAUUAAAAAUGACGCACAACUUCAGCGUAUAUUUCAGCAGCUUAAAGUCGCUCUCUAUUUUAUAAUUAAAACUAAUCGUUUGGAAUUACCUGAGCUCAUAGUACAUACGCAAUUGCAGAAGGUGGAGACGAUGCUGUUGAGAGUGGGUUUCACUCCCCGCAACAUUUCUUUAGAAUACCUUGAUACUUAUUAUGAAAGGGUGGCUUUAGAUCCUAACAACUUUUACGCUAAUCAAUUAAGCCUUCUACGCCUAUCCGUAGAACAUAGCCAUGAAACAUUGGAUGCGCAACCCAAUCAAGAUUUAGCCCUAGAGGAAUCCGUUAUAUCUUCGCAAUGGGUGGGGAGUUCUUCUUCCCCAGUCUACAUAAAGCCGGGGAAUUUAGUUAUCCUUCCUUACGGAUUUCUGCAGAUGCCCGUUUAUCAUCGCAGUCUUAAGGACAUCUUCAAGUACUCUCUACUUGGUUUUGCUUUGGCUCAUGAAAUGAUGCACGGAUUCGACUCCUCAGGCAUUGAUUACGAUAACAUCGGCAACAUUAUGGGACCUAGCGAAGAAAUUUCAGCUAAUCAACGUUUCAUGCAAGGUCUACGUUGCAUGCAAAAUGAACUAGCGAUUGGCAGUCGUAGUCUCAAUGAGAAACUGGCCGACUAUGAAGGCGUGCGUUUAGCAUAUACAGCCUAUUUUUCCUCGCUGCAAAACAAUACAUCUCUACACCUGUCCUUAAAAAAUCCUAAUGUAAAAUUGUUAUCUCAUUUGCGAGCAGAUCAAAUAUUCUUUGUUAAUUUUGCUCAAUUUUUUUGCGGUAAAGUGCAUCCGAAAUUGAGGCAAACCGCUUACUUAGAACAUGCCAUGGAUGAGUUAAGGGUUUUGCAGACGUUGGCUAAUUUCGAAGAAUUUGCCAGGGCUUUUAAUUGUGAUAGGCGUGAUAAAAUGCAAUCGCGUCACCGAUGUCGUUUAUGGUGA